AUGUCAAACGAGAAUAUCAUCACCGUCUCCUACCAGGAUCGCGUAGCAAUCGUGACCCUCAAUCGGCCCGACAAGCUAAACGCCCUCAAUGCCGAUCUGUACUACCUGCUAGGCGAGCGCCUGCGCGAGAUCGAUGCACGAAAGGAUAUUUUCAUCACAGUCGUCACUGGAACUGGUCGUUUCUUCUCGGCUGGCGCAGACGUAAAUAGCACCCGUCCCGGCACCGGCGGCCUAAGCUCCAGCGUCCGUCGCGAGCUCGUCAAAGGCUUUGUGGCCAACAACGUCGACGUCACCCGCUCUUUCUACAAUCACUCCAAGAUCCUCGUCGUCGCGCUGAACGGUCCUGCUGUCGGUCUCUCUGCUGCGCUCGUCGCCCAUGCGGACUUCAUCUACGCUGCCCCGCACACCUUCAUCCUGACCCCGUUCUCCUCGCUCGGUCUCGUUGCCGAGGGCGGCGCCAGCCGCGCCUUUGUCGAGCGUCUCGGCAUUGCUAAGGCCAACGAGGCUCUUAUCAUGAGUAAGCGGAUUACUUGUGAGGAGCUUGUUGCUGCGGGCUUCGUUAAUAAGGUUAUUACGCCUGAUUCCGGGAAGAAGGAUGAUUCCGAGGGUUUCUUGAAGAAGGUGCUUGCCGAGGUUGAGGAUCGUCUUGGUACACACUUGAACCAGACUAGUUUGCUCGGCAUUAAGGAGUUGAUUAGACGGCCUGAGAGGGAGCUUUUGGAUCGCCAGAAUGGCAUUGAGGCCUUUGCCGGUCUUGAGCGGUUCUUGGCUGGUUAUCCCCAGGAGGAAUUCAGGCGGUUGGCGUCUGGUGAGAAGAGACAUAAGCUCUAG